GAAAUUGAUGAAGCCGAAGUCCAAGCAUCUCUUCAAUGGGCAAGACAACAAUCUCAUGCUUUGGUAUGAGCAUGUUCUUGUGUCCAGCUCCCCAGAGUCUGUGCCUAUAAUCCAUGUGCCCCUUGAGAAACCUUCUCGUAAAGGGAAAGAAAAAAUUGUUUCUGCAAGUGUUUCUGAGGCUGCUCCUGAAAAUAGAAAAUUGGAUGAUCUAGAUGAGGUCAUAUUUGUUUCUGAAACCAAGCAUAGAAAGAGGGGGAGUUUUGUUGUUCCGUCCAGAAUGACUAGAUCUCACACUGGCUUUAUUUCUCAUGCUCCUGCUUCUGCUUCAAAUCCCAAAAGUUCAAAGAAGUCAAAAUCAAAAUCUUACAGGCCUAUAUUAUUGUCACCUGAUCUGAUGGAUGAUUGGAAGAUUCAUUCCAAAAGAGAGCUCAUUUUGGAAAAAGUCAAUUGAUGAGGAAGAUCUGUAUGCAAAGUG